AUGGACGGAUUAAACGAGUUCCGCACAAUGCGAGUUGCUGAAGUUCUCUCUGAUUUCCGAACACUGCAAUACUACAUAGCUGCUGCUCCUGUCGACCCUGAGGAUACAGCAGACUACUACACCGAAGGAUGGGCUGCUCUUCGACAAUGUGCGCUGGAUGGACAACACAUUCUGGAAUGUGGUGCGGACACCAGUGUACCAACUCCCCCUGGCGGGGAGCAAGAGCAGAUGAAGGCCGAGCUUAAGCAAGUUCUCCUGGACGCGUACGCGAGACGACACGAGGGACAGAAGAUUUACCUUCGACAAGCGGCGGCUCAACGAUGGGUUGAAUAUAGAAAACAGGUGCUGCAGGGCGGCGUACCAAACUCGAGCAACCAGUCUCAACUUCGAGCAUGCGAUCGUCAACUGCGAGCGGAGCUCUCAGCCAUCGCCGAUGAAGUAAUCUACGCCGAGCUCAAGGCCUCGGAUGAAGGAAUGGGCCGCUGGACGGCAGAAGAUCCCAGUCUCCGAAGCGUGCUCCGCUGGCUGCGAGCACGACGGUGA